GGAAAUAACACUUGGUUUUUCGUCAAUUCAAAAUGUCGUUCUGGUCGGUUAUAAAGUACUAUCUUAAGCAUAGCAACUUACACGGUUUGCACCAUAUUGCAGAUGAAAAAACAAGUAUUUUCUACAGAUUUGCUUGGCUAUUUAUAGUCUUGCUUUCAACGUUAGGCAUGAUGCGUAUUUUCAAAAGUUCUUAUGAUUCGUACCUGCAACACUCGAUUAGUUUUGCAACGGAAACAACGUAUCUCAACUGGAACACAACGUUUCCGGCGAUUUCCGUUUGUGAGAUUGCUGGUACCGAAGUUUUCUGGACUGCUGAUCCCAGUGAAAAUUAUUCACCAAUGCAACAAUUCCUCUCCGACAUCAUAUUUUUUACAGGCAGUUGUUAUUCGUGCAGUACAAACUGCGUUGAAUGUAAGGAAAUGAACUAUAAAAGCUUAGUAAGGCAGUAUCGUAAAAAGUGUACAAGCCUGAUUGGUAAAUGUAAGUGGAACGAUGUUGAGUUUGAUUGUUGCGACCACUUUUUACCGCUGAAUACGGAAUACGGUUGGUGUUUUGCAAUUAAUUCGAUUCAUACCAUUCGACAAAAAGGAAUGAAACAACAGCAAAUGUUUUCUAAUAGAUUUACAGGACCAGGUCAACUUGUAAUUGAAAAUAUUGACGAUAUUAGAUUAUACAUUCAUGCUCCAGAAGAUGUACCAUUCAUCAAUUCAGAUACAGAUCUUCGCAAAGAAGUAGUCUUGGGUGAACGUUACCAAUUAGAUUUUAAAGUGAUUGAAAUUGCUAACGAUGAAAAUGUGCGAAGCGUUAAUGUAGAAAAACGCGGUUGCCGUUUUCCAGACGAAAUCUAUCCGGAACUGAAAGUUCACAAAUUCUACAGCUAUUCAACCUGCAUUGUACAAUGUCACGCUGAUGCCCACAUUAAUUUGUGUAACUGCACACAUCAUCUCAUGCCCGUUGUUGGAGAUGCAAACUAUUGCAAUAUAGAAGGAUUAUUAUGUCUUACAGAAUAUUUUGAGACGGUGAAUCGACUUCAUGCAAAAGGCUUUGAUAAACCAGGUCUGGUUUGUGAUUGUGUUCCAUCCUGCGUUGAACCCGAGUAUAAUAUUGUUUCAGAAAACAAAGGGGUAAAAUCAUCAAAUGGUGAAAUAUCGAUUCGACUACAAGCACUCCCAACUUUGCGUUUCAAAAGAAACGUUGUGCGCACCACAUUGGAUUUGGUAGUGUCUAUCGGUGGGACGGCGGGACUGUUUGUCGGCGCAUCAUUGUUGUCCAUCAUCGAGACGGUGUACUUGUUAAUUCUGCGCAGAAACUAUAAUUGACAAAGUCCUUGAAUUUCAAUUGCUUUCAAUUUGCUACACAACAAACAAAGUUAAUGCAGCAAUCAGGAUAAGCCCUUUCAUCAAUACGCUAUUUGUAUCCUAAUCUGGGACUUAUUAAUAUUCUGUUAGAUGUUAUAAAUAAGACAUAAACGUGUGUGUAUGUAAUAAACAAUACUAGAGAGCGUGUCAAGUAGGCGAUGGAUAAUCGACGUUAUCUUCGAGCAACUCACGACGCAGGAUUUCAUCCAUUGCAACUGGAUUGUCAAUAGGUAUCUGCACAAAAACGUUUAAUUCAUUAUGUGUCUGCCUUCAUUUGUUGGUAAUUUUAAACGUACACUGUGACCAGCUCGAAGAACUGUGUAAAACACCAAAUUUCCAACUUUUUUGAUGUAUCCUUCAUUAACCAUGUUGAUUUCCAAUGCUUCUUGGGUACUAUUCUCCCAUUCGGCUUGUCCGGACCAGUUUAAACGGUCUAACCAAUUUGCUGUUCCUGGCGUAUUUACGAUAAAGUCAAAUACCCCAUUGUAAACAAUCACUUUGAUGUCUGUUUUGUUUAAAAUCUCUUCAACUAAAACAUGAAAAUAAAUAAUAAUAACCCAAA